AAGAAGAAAAAGAAGGAAGAAGAAGAACUUCUUGUUGACGUGUAGGUUGGAAAGUGUAGCUUUAGCAUGUAUCAAAGUGUACUCUUGUUAUUAAUUAUUCAAAAAUGAAUUCGUUCGGUUUAUUGCAAAGGUUUUUAACAAAACGCUACUCAAGAUAAACUGGAAAAACUGCAAAGGUGUGGUGAAAUAAGGACGUCUGUAAUAAACUAUGGGGAAGAAGAAGAUGCUGGAUCUGUAUAGAGCCCCAUUUCCACUGUACACCGUCAAAGUGGAUGCCACUACAGGGCUUGUGAUAACAGCUGGAGGAGGGGGUCCCUCAAAAACAGGAAUAAAAAAUGCUGUACAUUUCCUGGAUGUGCAGAUGGUUGGAAAAAAUCAGUACAGCUCCAGUCUUCUUCACUCUCAUGAUACGGACACACGCGCCACUAUAAACAUGGCUGUUGGUGAUGGUGUGAUUGCUGCUGGACAGGAUGGCACAUGCAGCCUCAUGAAGUUUAAACUCUGCCAGCAGAAAGAAGAAAAUGCUACGCAUAGAGAUGGUAACACCCUUGAACUUAGCAAUGCCAGACGGAGAUGUGGGAAAGCUGGCAAAGGUAAUCUCGAGAACCGUUCUACUACUGGAGACAUGUCUGAUACAAGGAAUGAGACUGUUCAGAUCACAGUGACCAAUAUAGCUGAAGUGCUGUCAGACCUAAACCCACAUGACCCUCUUCAGAAAGUUGUUAGGUUCAGUCCUGACAUGAACCUUCUGCUGACCGGAGGCACCGAUGGAUACAUCAGAGUUUGGGAGUUUCCAUCCCUUGAGAAAAAGUUUGACUUUAAAGCACAUGAAAAGGAGAUUGAAGACUUGGAUAUGAGUACAAUAAGCAAGCAACUUGUGACUGUGGGGCGAGACUUUGUCUGCAAUGUUUGGAGUGACAACCAACUGGUCACAAGUCUGAACUGGCUUGAAACCAUGCCUCAAAUUGCUGAAAAGACCUAUAGAUAUAUGGCCUGCAGGUUUGGAAAUGGUGAAGAUGAGAAAGAUGCCAUAAGGCUUUACACAGUGCAAAUCCCUCAUAAACGAGACAAAAAACCUCCUCCGUGCUAUAUCACCAAGUGGGACGGCAAGAUCUUACUUCCAAUGUUAACAUCUCCCUGUGGUACUGAAGUUAUCUCCUGUCUGGCUGUGAGUGACUCUGGGAGGUUUCUUGGUCUUGGAACAGUAACUGGAUCAGUAGCAGUUCAUAUUGCUUUUUCUCUACAGAAGCUGUACUAUGUUCAUGAGUCACAUGGCAUUGUUGUGACAGAUGUAGUCUUUCUGCCCAACUUGAUGAAAGGCCAAAAUAUCAAAGGGAACAACAAAGCAGCAUUGCUGAGUGUAGCUGUGGAUAGUCGAUGUCAAGUACAUACUGUCACCAAAGAAAGGCCUAUCCCUCCCUGGCUUUUCUUCUGUGGGCUCGUCAUCGUGGGAGUGCUCUUAAUUUUGCAGUACCUUUUUCCAGUGUUGCUCUAAAUGAUGCAUAAACCUCUGACAAAUUGUCAGCAUUAGCAACUACUGGUUUAACAGUUUUCAAUAUGGAUCAAACCCAAACAACUGUAUAUUAAGUAAAUUGUUUGUUCUGUGAAUACGGUUCAGAUUCACUUUACUCUUUGAGAAACAGGCUUUAUGAAUGGGUUCAUGUAAAUGUAGAAUUUGUACAAAAUGUAAAGGAAUUAUUUCCACAUCUUUGUAGGAACACACACACAAUAACCACUAUUCGAAUGUUUUCCAUUAUUGUAGAGAUUUUGAGAGGAGAAAUAUCUUUAUUAGAUGGGCCAACUUAGAAAUUAAGUAAUAACUUUAAGGUUUAGUUGUAAAUAUACUGUGUCUUUGAAUAAUUAGUAUGUACCGAAAAUAGCAGAUUUGAAUUAAGUUGAUGUGACCACAGACCGUUUUAUUAAAAACAUUAUUGAUUGUAUCAAACACAUAUGUUGAUAUACAAUCAUAUGUGUUUCAGUAAUCCCCAUAUUGGUGUUUUAUUUUAAUUUUUAAUUUUUUUAAAGAUUAAAUAAAAGAAUCAGAGGCACAAAAUUAUUUCUAUAUAAUUCUUCUUCCAAUCCUCCUGAUUCUUGUAGUAUUUUUCACAUCUUCAGUAAUUCGUUUGAUUCACAAGAGAUUUGUGGACAAUGUUGACCACAAGAUGGGGAAAAUGAAAGGGACAAGACCUAGAAACUUCGACUGACCAGUGGUUGGGAAAUUGUAUUCAAACAUAUGUUGACUUUUCUCAACAUACAGUAGCUUCUUUUUUACAAUUAGCCUGAUUUAAAAAGCAUUUUUUCAAAAUUCAAAACUCAAAAAUACUUUAUUAAUCCCAAAGGAAAAUUAAAUGUUGUUGUAGCUCAUUAAUUUAGAUUCUUUCUACAAAGUUAUUCAAGAUAGUGAUCGCUGUUGGCAAGAAAGAUCUUCUGCAACGCUCUGUACUGCACUGAAUCUGAAGAACAGGACCAGAACUGAACCAGCCUUCUUUAUCAAGCUGUUGAGCCCAAUUAAGAUGGCUGAACCACAAUGUUUAGAAUUUAAUUGAGUGGUAGACCUGUGACACCAAACCUCUCUGUAAUAUGGGAAUGCCUUUCAUGCAAAUAUGUGUUUCCUGUAAGAAUAUUACCUCUGAUUUCAGUUUAUUCAUAUGAGAACACUGUUGCGUAGAAAAAGCUUCUGCAAUUGUAACGAGGCUCAGAUGUUUUCACUAAACAUUUUCUGUUCAGUUUUUAUUGAACAAAAAACAGCAAAAAUUGAAUAACAGCAACAGCCGUUUGUAUCCUAAUUUCCUGUUUGAAUUGUGAUGCGUUUGGUUUGAAGCGAAAAUUUCUUAACUCCUCAGCGCAAAGGCAGCGGAUAAAACACCAAUAUCAAAACAGGACAGGUUAUAAAGAAGACAACCUCAUAAAAUGUAUCUUAUUGGCAGCUCGCUUAAUAAAGACAAAAGGAAUAUUUAUCAUGUAAGCAUUUGUUUACAAUAUUGUGUGAAUUAAACUGCAUUUGUUUAGUUGCAAAUUUUAACUUAAAAUAACUUUUACAAAUUAAUUUUAGUUUUGGCAUAUAACUAAAGUAUGUGAAGUAUACUUUAGUUAUACUUCAGUGGCUUGACUUGAUUACAAUAUUUUUGUUUAUGACCAAUUUUUCGAAUACCCUCAACUCUGCAAUAGUCUAUUAAAGGCCUUUCUGCCAAACAGCGGUGUUCAGAAACACAAUUGAAUGGUGAAAGAGCCAAUGUGGGUCAUUCUGAAAUGGAUAAUGGUAGUUUCUACCAUCAUAAUAUUAAAAUAAUAAAAGUA